AUGUCGGUAUCUACCUGGCCCGAUAUCUCCCAUCUCUCAAUAUCAACACCAGAGCUAGUCAACGCACUGAGACAGAUGGGUCAACAGGUCAAGUGGCCUCCAAAGAUGAAAGCACCCGACUCGUUCCGGAACCCAGAACUCUGGUGCGACUUCCAUCGCGAUCAUGGCCACAAAACCAAAGAUUGCAUUGCCCUGAGGAUCGAGGUCACCGAACUACUCCAAAAGGGGCAUCUCCAAGAAUUCCUCUCAGAGAAAUCCAAGGCCCACCUCAGCAAAGAGAUAGCAGGGAGAUCCAAAGGAGCUGCACCAACCUCACCACCUCGCCAAGAUCGGGUGAUCCAUGUCAUAUCCGGAGGCUCAGAAGUAAGCGGAGUGAGCCACGCAGCCGCAAAGAAAAGCACCCGAAACGCUAAGCAUGGUCUGGAAACGACCCAGCCGAAGGUCCUACUUCUAGACAUCGACGAGAUAAGCUUCACAGCUAAGGAGCAAGAGAAGAUCCUAGCUCCCCACCAUGAUGCUCUAGUUAUCUCUCUCACCGCAGCAAACUGCUUGGUAAAAAGAAUACUAGUAGACAACGGCAGCUCCAAGAACAUUAUCUUCCAGAUGGCGUACCAAGGUCUAGGGCUGGAGGAGAGCACCCUGACACGCAAGUAA